AGCAACUUCAACUUUGCUCGGAUUAUCUAAUCGAUUCAUAUCCAUUCUAAAAGAACUCCUUCCAACUCGGGAGAGCAACGAAAUGGCUGUAAGUUUUAUUCAAAAGCGGUUCAUGUCCAGCGCCCUGCAAAAGUGGGCAUACAAUCUUUCUGGCUUCAACAAAUACGGACUUUGGAGGGACGACUUGUUAUACGAAGACCAGGAUGUUGCAGAGGCUCUGAAGAGAUUAGACCAAAAGACUGUCGAUGAAAGGAACUACCGUAUCCUGAGAGCUACACAGUUGUCCUUACAAAAAGAUAUCCUGCCCAAAGAGCAAUGGACAAAAUUGGAGGAAGACAAACUGUAUCUUACACCCCUAGUUAAUGAUGUAAUCAAGGAGAGGGAAGAACGAGAAGAAUGGAAUAAAAACCACUAAACAUUGCAUAUUUUGUGUUAAAUGUAGUUAUAACUGUUAUAGUAAUUUUAAAUAAUGAAUUAUGUACAGAAGAGUUUAGAGUGUUAUUGACCAUUCUUACUGGACCCAUAAUUAUUGGAUAGGAACUUUCCAUAUUUUAUUUACAUUUUCUGGUUGAGAAAAGUAUUUCCAUUAUUUUCCAAUCUACCUGUUGGUACCAGAUGCUAACUACCUGCUUGUUCUGCCAGAUGGUUCAUCUAUCAGUCACUCUAUAAAACCUCUGCUCACUGUAAGCUUUUAUUUACGUAGAUAUACGCAAUAUUUAUUUAAUUGAUCUGCAAGUAAAGUGUGUAAAUAAAAUACAAAUUGUGUUAUAUA